UUCCCCAAUUGGGCAUCACCGCUAACGUGCGAGUCGGACGCGGAUGUAACCGCAUGGAGAUAAACAUCAGCAAGAUCGACCAAUACUACGCGGUCGAUCACAGGCGUCGACCAUCAAUCUGAGAUGCAGACGGUCCUCGAUCAAAUUUCAUUCGUUGCCCCUUGUUCCUGCGCUGCUGCCAGUGUUUCGUUUACGACGGUCGUACGAGAGGAUGCACCAGCGUCUGACUGGUAUAUAGGGACGGGCGUGAAAAUGGGAGGAGAUCAGGUUCUCCGCAUCCUACAGUCUUCUACCACCAUUACUACUAUCUCUUCCUCCAAUGGCUCUCUCUACUGCUAUCUGUUCGCAGUCUUUCGCCUCCUUGAUUUCCAAGAAGGGUCCGAGGGAGACGAUCAUUUUGGGUUUCUCCUCGAUCUCUUCGAACGUCAAAACCCUCAUCGCACCACCGACUCGGACUGAGAUCGGUGCUUGCUGGGAGCUCUGCCGUCUCCAAAAUGGGAUGGGAUGUGCAACGGUGUUUCUUCCAGUGGCAUGGUCUUUAGCGAUGGUGUACCACGCUUACCCUCAGCUGACGGGACUGGAAUGCCUUAUCCGGGCCGUCGUCUACUUUUUCCUUUGCAUCGGGAUCAAAUGCUUGAUCAUGACCAUUGACGACAUCCUCGACUAUGAUAUCGACGCGAACGUGGAGCGUACGAAGAAUCGGGCACUCCCUAGAGGUGCUAUCAGCAUUGAGCGUGCCUGGUUGUUCUUCGCUCUCCAAGUCGUGAUUGGUGUCUUUUUGGCUUUCAAGGUCCUAAGUCCUGGAGCUCUGCGUAUUUCCAUGUACGUGUGGCCGUUGUACGUGCUGUACCCCACAUGCAAGCGCUGGAUGUACUUUGCGCCCAUUCCUUUGGGCUUGAUGUUCAACAUCGGUAUCUACAUGGGCUGGGCAGACCUGGCGCCUGACGCCAAAAUUUCCUACCACGCCCUCACUGCUGCAUACCUCGGUGCGACGAUGUGGACAAUCACAUACGAGACGGUGUAUCAGCACCAGGACAAGGUGGAUGAUGUCAAGAUUGGCAUCAAGUCGCUCGCCAUAUUGUGCGGCAAAUACACGAUUUACAUCUGCUCCGCCACCACUGUCGGCUUUGCAGUGUUGAUGUCAUUGGCUGGUGUCCUCAACGAGCAGGGGAUUGCGUAUUAUGUUGCCGUGGCGCUUUCUACAUCCAUUCUUCUGAAGGAACUCGUCGUGACGGAUGUUGACAAGCCGAGGCAAUGUAUGAAGUUUUUCUUGCACACGCCGACGAUUGGGAAUCUGAUACUUGCUGGAUUGGUAGUUGAUGCUGUUGUUCACCGGGUCAUUGAAGGAAUUCCUCUCUAGUGCACCACAUU